AUUUUCAUCACUUGGAUUUCGAAGAAUUAAGAAGGUAAACACGUUUGGAUGCGAAAAAUUAAAUAUUUACUAAUUUUUUUUUUGUUUUCGACAGCAAUAUUCAAAUUUUGGUGGUUUCGGUGGUUCCUUAAAAAUGGAUGGCGAGGGAAAAAAUGGAGACAAGGAUGUGGAGCAGACAGCAUCGAAAGGUAUUGAAGAAGUGGGCAAGGCGCAAGAGAAAUCUUUGAAAAAGUUGAGCCGACUGGCAAGUUCGGUGUGGGAUCUCUUUGAGAAAACAAAAGAUGGUAGACAAGCAAAAUGCCGAAUUUGUAAAAAAAUUUACAAAACUAGCGGAAACACUAGCAACCUUGCUGACCAUUUAAGGAGAUUCCACCCAACUCACAGCCAGUACAAGGCCACACAACCGACAAUAAAGACAUUGUUUACUAACGAUGAGUACGACAGCAAUUCGGUCCGAAAAGCAAGUCUUGAUUAGCGUUGAUGGGCAUGAUUGCUAAGGACAUACAACCUUUUUCUAUUGUGGAGGACGAAGGGUUUAGGAAGUUUGUCAAGCUGUUAG